GUCAAAGUGACAUUGACAUUUGGUUAUCCAUUUUUUUUGUUGUGUGCUGUUUUGUGAGAAAAAAUUGUUAAAUCGUAGAAAAAUCCCUGGAAAAAGUAUUGUCGACUUAAUUCAUGGACUAUAUACUUAUAGUACAAUUUGUUCUAAAAAUACAUAAUGAAAAUUAGCAAUGUAAUACCAUAGAGAAAUCAAACAAAAUUAUCGCUACUAAAACUACAGUUGAGUGACUAUUUUUGUGGCGAUUAGUGUUUUUGUUUGCUCAAAAAGGCCCUCAGGCCUAAACAAUCAAGAUGACGUCGAUAUUCGACCAGUACGAGCAGGCGUCGCAGGUUUCUCAGCGAAGCAAGGCGUCGGAGCCCAUGACUUCUUCGGGGUACAUCAAUAUGCAAUUUGAUGACAAUACACCCAUGUUCUCGAAGCAGAAGAUGAAUUUUAAUCCUUCAGACCUAAUCACGCACGUAGCCGUGUCCAGUGACUACCUGGUGCUUGCCAUGGCCAAUGGAAAGCUAUUUAGGCUGGAUUUGAAGAAACCUGAUCAGCAUGAAGAAAUUGAAUACUCAAAGUUUCAUCCUAAUUCUAAGCUGUCAGGCAUAUUCCUUGACCCUCUCGGGUACCACUUGCUCCUAGCGUUCACUGCUAGGAACAAAGAAGGUUACCCGGAGCUGGUGUACUUGCAUCGAAAGAGCUCCAAGCUGAAACCUGUGAGCAAAUCCAAGAACUAUGAAGUCACUGAAGUCGGUUGGAACUAUGAGAAUACGUCAGAGAAUAGCACUGGCCCCAUCUUGCUGGGGACCUCCCAAGGCCAUAUCUUAGAAACCGAACUGGAGGCAGACAGUGACAGGAUGUUUACAGCCAACCAGCAAUAUUGGAGACAGCUGCCUAAUUAUUUGCCUCUUUACGGAAGCAGGGAAAUUGACGGACUGAUAUUUGAUAUAGGCCAUGGAACAGAGAUGCCCAUAACUGGUAUACAAUUUCACCGAGUAGGGAACUCCAGCAAGUUCUUUGUUUUCAUCACAACACCGACCAGGUUAUACCAGUUCAUUGGACAUGCAGUAGCCACAGAUGGCAAGUUAUCGCUCCAGUCUAUAUUCUACCCAUACUUAACUACCCCAGAAACUGGGUUCCAAGAAAUACCUUCUACGCUAAAAUAUUCGAGACUGCAAUUCUUUUUUGACAGAAACAAUGUCCCAAAAACGUUUGCUUGGUUGACUGAGCCUGGUGUCUUCUAUGGACAGUUAGACCCAACAUCACAACAAAAUUCAAAUACACUAUUCACCCAAGGAGAGCUAAUCAACUACCCUGCAGAAACACAACCAAAAGAUGAAGCUCCACUUUCGUUUGUACUCACGGAAUUUCACGUACUUCUCAUGUACUCUGACAAAGUUAAAGCCAUUUCUCUUCUCAAUCAUGAAUUAGUUUAUGAAGAUACUUAUUCCGUUGCUCACGGACAAUUAAAAAACAUUAUAAAAGACCCCAAUAGAAGAACAAUCUGGGCGGUAACAGAUAAAGCUGUGUUCAGGUACAAAGUUGUCAGAGAAGAGAGGAACGUCUGGAGAAUUUACACAGAUAGGGAACAGUUUGAGUUAGCUAAAGAGUACUGCCACCACAACCCGGCGUUUGUCGACGUCAUCAAUGUUAAACAUGCCGAGCUAUUGUUCUCCAAAGGCAAAUACGAGGAUAGCGCGAGAAUUUACGCCGAAACCAAAAGCAGUUUUGAAACUGUGUGCCUUAAGUUUUUGGAGAAAGAAGAGACAAAUGCACUCAAAGUGUAUUUGCAUCAGCGAUUGGAAGCCUUGGAAGAAGACGACAAGACCCUGAUAUCCAUGAUUGUCAUUUGGAUGACAGAGCUCUAUCUAGCCCAAUUGGGUCUUUUACGGCGUUCCGGGAAAGAAGAUGAUGAGCAGUACCACCAGAUUCAAAGUGAUUUCGAAGUGUUUCUGCUCCAUCCUAAAGUAGCCAAAUGUAUGCAGCACAUAAAAUCAGUCGUAUACGAUUUGAUGUCGUCCCACGGGGAUAAACAGAAUUUGAUCAAGCUUACGCUUAUCAACGAAGACUACGAAAAUGUUAUAGCUCAGCAUAUUUACAGGAAAGGGUACUUGGAGGCUUUGAGUAUGUUGCAGACUUGGAGGAAGCCGGAAUUAUUUUACCAGUUUGCGCCAGUUCUGAUAGAGGAGACUCCGAAGCAUACGGUGAAUGCGUUGAUCGCGCAAGGGCCGAAAUUGAGUCCAGUGAAGCUUUUGCCAGCGUUUUUGUCUUGUCAAAACGACAAGGCGCAUGUGGAUGAGAUAAUCAGAUACUUGGAGUUCAUGCAGCAGAACUUCAACGUGAAAGACCGCGCGAUCCACAACUACUUGCUGACGCUAUACGCGGAGCACGAUCAUACGGCGCUGAUGAGGUAUUUGGAGCGCCAGGGGCAGGAUGCUACCCUCGUGAACUAUGACGUUCAUUAUGCAUUAAGGCUAUGUCGCGAGAAGAACCUCUCCGAAGCGUGCGUGAAGCUCUCAGCCCUGCUGGGCCUGUGGCAGGCCGCGGUCGAGUUGGCGCUGCAGGUGGACCUAACGCUUGCCAAAUCCGUCGCCAAUAUGCCCGAGGAAAUGGAGAUGCAGCGCCAAUUGUGGCUCAAUAUCGCUGAACACGUGAUCACGAAGAACCAAGACUUGCAAGAGGCGAUGAGCUUCCUCAAGGAGUGUCCGCUCAUCAAAAUCGAAGAUAUCCUGCCGUUCUUCAGCGAUGUGGUCACCAUCGAUCACUUCAGGGAACCCAUAUGCCAGUCGCUUGAGGAAUACAAUACUCAAAUAGAAGAACUGAAGUCUGAAAUGGAGGAAGCGACAAGAUCUGCCGAAUAUGUCCGUUCCGAGAUCCAGUCGUUCCGCAACCGCAGCGUGCUCGUGAUGGUAUCUGAUGCCUGUUGCCUGUGCGACAUCGCGCUGCUGCUGCGGCCCUUCUACCUGUUUCCCUGCGGACACAAGUUCCACAGCGACUGCCUGCUCAGCGAGAUACAGCCGAUACUGGGCCCCGCCCGCCGCAACAAGCUGACAGACUUACAACGCCAACUGUCAGUGCUGUCAAACAUCGAGCUGUCAACGGUGACGUCAUCAGGGCUGCCGCUGCGCGAGGUCCUGCGCAACGAGAUCGACGACAUAGUGGCAAGCGAGUGUGUGUUCUGUGGAGAGUACAUGAUCAACUGCAUUGAUAAGCCGUUCAUAGCGGCCGCAGACUGGGACCGCCUGAUGCGCGAGUGGGAGUGAACUGACCACAGACAAUACGGUUUUUUUCGUUGACACGCUAGUCAAUUGACAUAUAUUUUUGAGCUGUCAAAACGCGGCUUUUUUCCAAUUUUGUAAGUCAAGCUAUGACAUCACUGAUUAAUUUAUGAUACUAUCUCAGUCUGCCUACGAACUAAAUAUGAGCAGAUAGAGGUAAAAGUAAGGAUCACUCACACGGCAUAUUGGAGGAAAGAAUAAAGAUUAAUUUUUUCCUUCAGCUUUUAAGUUUUGUCACACUUAUUCUUUAACAAAUUCGCUCGUCAGUUUGCACACAUUUCCCAACAGGAAUAAAACUUAUUUAUUAAUAAAUAGUCAUGAUUUUGAAGAGCACUCGUACGGCCCGUGUGCGGUGUGAGUGAUCCUAAAUAAUCGUCAUAACUUUGGAACGGGACGUGCAAGGGAUUUCGGAAUUUGUUAAUAGUUUUAACAUAUUCUUAACAAUUUUUCAAUACUAUAAAAAGAAGUGGAAAGGCUUUAUUUUCUGAAAUAAACAUUUUGACAUUUUCCUAAAGCGUGCGGUAUGAGUGCUCCUAUUUAUUGACCAUAACAUUUUUAUCUCAGGUUUAACAAAUUUUUAAACUUCAUCGCAAUGUUUUAACAUAUUUUAAGUAAAACUUCCUCGAUUUUUGUUAAGAUUGAAGCCAGGAUCACUCAAUCCACAUGCACAUAUUAAUUUCAGUUGUCUUACUAUUUACAGAUUGAUUUAUUGUGUCAAGUACCUACCUAAUUGAAGAGCGAUCAAUAUUAUUGUUAUUGUAACAGUUAAUCUGGUCCUUGCUAAAGUUUCAAAUGAUAUAGUAUUAUUGCUGUGAGAGACCAUGUUUAUGCGCGCGACUGUACUCAGUUUGCAAGUGGGAAAAAAUGAAAUGUUGACAGCAAUGAUUGCUGGAUAUAAGUGAAUAGUAAAUAUUUUAUCACUUUUGUAACUAAAAAUAACUCCUAAAGAGUAUGUAUGGUCAACAUUUCAACCAAAUAGUGCUUCUGUGAUAUGAUUGUUAUCAGAGUUUAUUUUCAUGUAGAGGUUUUUUUUAAUGUUCUAUAGCGAAUAUUUUAAUGAAAUUAUUAUUAUAUUAUCAAUGUAAGCUAUCUUAGUAAUCGCCAUCUUUUUAGUUGUAUGAUUUUUGUAUUUUUAAUUCGUAAGCUGAACUGAUUAAAUUCAAUAUUAUUCCAG